AUGCUUGCAUCUGGUGACGGCAACGACCAACCCGGGAACAACAACCCGACGCGUCUCGAAAACGCGCAUAGGAGGAAGGGCAAGGGGAGGAGAAAGGUGGACAUGGAGAAGAUCCAGAACGGCACCAAUUGCCAAGUCACCUUCUCGAAGCGCGCGAGGCCUCUUCAAGAAGGCGAGCGAGCGUGCACGCUGUGCGCGCCGACUGCGCCCUCCUGGUCUUCUCCCCGGGAAAGCCCCACUCCUUCGGCCAUCCCAGCGCGAGCUGUCACCAAUAGGUUCCUCCAGGCUAGCGGCGACUACUGCUCCGCCGCCACUGGAGUGAAUUCAGCUGAGAGGCUGAUCAGGGCUCACAACGAAGCUGCCAUGCAGCAGCGGAACCAGCAGCUGGCUAACAUGGAGGCGGAGGUGGAGCGGACGAAGCAGCGGAGGAGGGAGAUCGACGGCCUGGUCCCGAUGAUGGGCGACUUCAACUUCGAGCAGAUCGGGCAGAUGUGGAAUAUGGCGUUGCAGAUCAACGGGCAGGUCGAAGAAGCCAAGCAGAAGGGUGUCGAUUCUACGUCGGCGGCCGCUGAUCCCUUCUCCAUUGUUCCUCAUGACGGCGGCGCCGGCAGUUCUAACCCGGCGGCAGACGUUGACGGCGCUCCUGACGAGGCUAUACGGGCUCCCGACGAGGAUAGUUAUGACAGAUUUCCCGACAAUUUCGCCACCCUGGGUCUAUGUUUAGAUCUAAUUCGUGGCCAAUUGGAAGAAGUAGAAGACACUCGUCGUUGGGGGAUUUUCACGAACAUCAAAAGAUUAUAA